AUUAUGCCAAGUUCUUGCACUCACAGAUUUCCUUGUCUGCAAGUGGCCUAAUUCCACUUCCCCCAUUGAAAUGAAUGUUCUUUUGAAUGCAAACUUAAUUUUCCUCCCCCAUGUUCUCCUUUCAACCUUUUAAUUCCCUUGGCUCAGAAUUUUCUCGGGAACCCAACAGAAUCUGAUUUGAUUGGCUUUUGAUCACUGAUGGGUUCCAAGAACCUGUCCCUGCUUAUAUCCCACUUUGAUUCCAUCAAAGCACGUUUUGCUAAUAAUUUUGUCCCUGGAAACAUGCUCUGGGCUGUCACUUCUCUUGGAGUUUUCAUCUGCAAUUGUGUCCUUUACUCGUAUGGGUUGAUUCUCCGGUUUGUUUCCAGAGUUCAAAAGGCAGAUGGGAAAAAUGAGCUUUCCGAUCAACCUGAGGAUUCUCGGAUUGAUGAGUUCAGAGACGAGCUGAUCAAUUUCCUGUUUCAGAGUAACGAAUAUGUCAACGCAGAUGGUGAAGAAACAGAAAUGGGCAGCUCUGCUCUAAUGGAGGCCCUCAAUGAAAAAGAAAGUGGAGAUGAAGGAACAGUGAGUUCUGUUUCAGAAAAUACAGACUCGGAUAAUUUUGAAGACAGUAGAAGCACAGGAGAGGAGGAGGAGGCAGAAGAAGAAGAAGAAGACAUCCCUGCUUCCAUGAAUGAAGAGGGAGAAAAGGAAUCGGAUGCCAACACGAAAACUAACUCAGAAUUUUAUGAUGGUGGUGUGAAAAACGAGGAAGAAGUAGCAGAGAGAUCUGUUCUCAUGGAGGGAAGCUCCGAGGUUCAUGAAAAUAGUAUGAGAAGAGUAGAAGAAAAGACAGAGAGCUCUGUUACCAUGGAGGAUGACUUUGACCAUGAAAAUAGUAAGAAAAGGGGAGGAGGAGGAGGCGGAGGGGAAGACAGAGACGAAACACGCAAGUCUGCUUUAAUGGAGGGUGAAGAGAUGGAGAGGGAUGAAGAAGAUGAAGAAACAGAGAGACCUGCUUUGAUCACUAAUAAGUUUGAAUACGUGUCAGGAAGGGGCAUUAUUGGGUUCGUAGAAGAACCAACAACAGCUAUGACAUUUAGUUUUCGCGAAUUUUUUGUGGGUCCAUAUGUUUCCGACACUGAAAUCUCAGAGCUCAAAUCAGAGAAAAAAAAUCUGCCGGAGCACAGAGUUUUGGAGAAUUUCAUCCUUCUCCAGGUGGCUCUCAAGUGGAAAUUUCAGACCUCAAAUCGAAGCACGAACCAGUUUUUCAAGAAGAAGCGGAGAGAGAAAUUUCAGAGCUCAAAUCAGAGGAUGAAAAAUCUACUGGAGAACAGAGGUUUGGAGAAUUUCAUCUAUCCCCAGAUGGCUCUGAAGUAGAAAUUUCAGAGCUUCAAU